CACCGUUGCGUCGUCGUACCGACCACCCGCACAGCUGCAGCCCAUGGCCGGUGACACCCGCUCAGACGCCCUGAGUCUGCUCGACCGUGCAUCCAGUGCGAGCUGCAGCAUUAAUUAUGCUCCUCUGGACAGGUGA